AACACUUUCCUGGUUUCUACUGACUCCGCUAAAAAGCUCUGAUUUAGGGUUUCUACCCCUUUUUUUUUAUUUAUUUAUUUUUCUACCUUCUUUACCAUAAUCGAUCCACUCAACCAAAUGAUCUGAUUUUUGCAAUUUCUUCGAUCUCCAUACCCUUUUAGCUUACUUGAUUUCUAGUUAAAAUCUUACAUGGGUUCAACAUCCUCAGUUUGACCAGGUGACCUGGCAUGCUGCAUUGCUGUGAGCAAGUUUUGGGUGUGUAUAGUUUAGCGCUGUUGGGUUUUGUUUUGUAAAACUCAAUGGUGCCAGAAGGCUAGUGGAACUAUGGGCUCUUUUUGGACUGUUACUCAACUUAAGGGUUCACUGUGGCAACGAUUUUUAUUACUCAUUAUUUGGCUAUCCAUUUUCCGAGAUGUUGUGGCGAUGCAGACUCUGCUUGAACCUAACCACAUUUCUUCCACAUCUGAGCUAGCGACUCCACCUAUUUCUGGGCUUUUUAAUCCCAUAGAAAUAUCACCUGCUGUCUUCCCACAUUACCCCUAUCCUAGUGAAUCUUUGCCACCUAUGUACCCAACUUUUCCCACCACAUAUGAACCAAAUUUAACUGGGAAAUGCCCUGUAAAUUUCUCUGCCAUGUCAAAUCUCAUGGAUAAGACAGCAUCUGAUUGCUCUGUACCUUUAGCAGCUCUUGUAGGAAAUGUAAUAUGUUGUCCACAGCUUGGCAGUUUACUCCACAUCUUCCAGGGUUAUUACAGCAUCAACUCUGAUAAGUUGGUUUUGGAGAAUUCAGUAGCUAAUGAUUGUUUUUCAGAUAUCAUUAGUAUCUUAGCCAGCAGAGGGGCCAAUACCACAAUACCUGCACUUUGUUCUGUAAAAUCAUCAAAUCUUACUGGUGGGUCUUGUCCAGUAAAGGAUGUUAUUAGCUUUGAGAAAAUAGUUAACACAAGCAAGUUGCUGGAAGCCUGUAGUGCUGUUGAUCCUCUUAAAGAAUGUUGUAGACCAAUUUGCCAACCUGCAGUUAUGGAAGCUGUUCUUCACAUUUCUGGAACACAGUUAACGAUCAAUGACAAUAAAGAAUUAGUGAGCAAUUCUAAUCAUAUUGAUGUUCUUAACGAUUGCAAAGGUGUGGUAUAUGCAUAUCUCUCUAAGAAACUCUCAGCAGAUGCUGCAAAUGCUGCAUUCCGAAUAUUAUCAGCCUGCAAAGUUAACAAGGUUUGCCCAUUGAAUUUCACGCAGCCAUCAGAGGUAAUUAAAGCAUGUCGCAAUGUAGCUGCUCCCAGUCCUUCCUGCUGUAGUUCACUGAAUACUUAUAUUGCUGGAAUACAAAAGCAAAUGCUAAUUACAAACAAGCAAGCCAUAAUCUGCGCAACAGUUUUUGGGUCUAUUCUUCGAAAAGGCGGGGUCAUGACAAAUGUAUAUGAGCUUUGUGACAUUGACCUGAAAGAUUUUAGCAUCCAAGCAUAUGGACAACAAGGGUGUCUACUCCGAAGCUUGCCUGCAGAUGUUGUAUUUGACAAUUCAACGGGGUUCAGCUUUACAUGUGACCUGAUUGACAACAUUGCAGCCCCAUGGCCAACAUCAUCCUCCAUGUCAUCCUUGUCUCUUUGCGCUCCAGAGAUGUCCUUGCCUGCCUUGCCGACAUCAGAGACUUUAAAAAAUCCUGGCAACCGUGGUGGUGGGUCGGAGUUUGUGGUUCCCAUUUUUUCAUUUUUUAUUUUCAGUACAUUGUUGUACUGAAAAAAUUAAUUGAGGGAUGAACCAGUUUGGAAUAGGUGCUUCUGGAAAUAGACCUUGUCUGGGAAUUUUACAUGUAUAUUUUGGGUAGCUUCCAUGUAUAGCAGUUUCUUCUUUCCGUUUUUCCUCAUCUUUUUUUGAGCUAUUUUUGUCCCUGCCUUUCUGUCUCUCCCCCUUUUUCUUCUCUCUAUAAUCUUGGCUGGUUUUGUUUUGAAACUUUGGAAAGACUUCUAUUUCUGAGGAAUUUUGUGUGGAUGUUUGGUUUGAUUUAUUCAAGUUUGAGUUUUUUA